GCGGGAGAGUUAGGAAAAUAAAGGUCUCUUCGGUCAGUCAUGAAUCCCCUGAACAGGACCCGAGCUGAAAUGUUGGAGCAGCCCCAGAGCCCCCGGCUACACACACAGCACAUCAACCCAUGAUCUCAUGGUCCUCACUUUAUCUCUGCCCGGUAUAGGAGCAGAUUCCGAGCAGAAAUGCCCCCCAACAAACCGCAGCAGACUGGACCACGAGCACUGGCUGCAGCCAAAUGAGAUUCUAGGAUGGAGAUGUUGCUGUGGGGAAACCUGAGGAGAGGAGUGGCGCUCUGCCUUCUGCUGUUGGCUCUCACACACGAGGCCACAGGCCAGAGAAGAAACGCAGGACGCAGCAACAGCUACAGGCUGCAUGACGACGGAGGAAAUGUUCUGACAUGUUCACUGGAGGUGGCUUUCAUCCUGGACAGCUCAGAGAGUGCAAAAAUCUUCCUGUUUGAGAAGCAGAAGGCCUUCGUGUUGAACUUCAGCACCCGCCUUGCCAUGCUGCAAGUCACCGGCUGGAGUCUGAAGGUGCGAAUGGCUGCUCUUCAGUACAGCAGCUCUGUGUUGAUGGAGCAUCGGUUCUCAGACUGGAAAGACCUCGACUCAUUUCACAGCCGAGUCAGCACCAUGAACUACAUCGGUCAUGGCACUUACACGACUUACGCCAUCACCAAUGCUUCACAGCUGCUGGUGCAGGAGACGCCGGCGGACAGCGUCAGGGUGGCGGUGUUGAUGACGGAUGGGGUGGACCAUCCCCGUAACCCUGAUGUGAUUUCAGCCGCGGCAGAGGCCAAAGGUCACGGUAUAAAGUUCUUUGCUGUAGGUUUAUCAGACAUCGCUCAGCAGAGCCAGAAUAACGCCAAACUACGGGCCGUCGCAAGUACGCCUGCACAGCAGUUUGUCCAAAGUCUUCUCAACCCUCAGCUGGAGGAGAUGCUGCUCAAAGAGAUUAGUGCAGUCGCAGCUGAGGGGUGUCCGCAGGCUCAGGUGUGUUUGUGUGAAAGAGGAGACAGGGGCCCUCCAGGAAGUCCAGGUAGAAAAGGAGACUCAGGCUUCAGGGGGGGGCCUGGUCAAAAAGGAGGGAAGGGGGAGUCUGGCUUAAACGGUCGACCUGGAAGUGAAGGCCCAGAGGGACGUCCAGGCUAUAAGGGCUACAAGGGAGAGAGAGGAGACUGUGGCACUCCCGGGGAAAAGGGUGACAUUGGACCUGAGGGACCUCCAGGCCCGCAAGGAUCAAAAGGACAUCAGGGUGCAUUAGGACCACCAGGAGACAUGGGUCCUGAGGGCCCGACUGGAUCUAAAGGAGACAGGGGGCCCAUUGGGACUACUGGACCACCAGGGGACAUCGGCAUUGGAUUCCCAGGGGGCAAGGGUGAAAAAGGUAUUCAGGGAAGACCCGGUUCCACAGGUCCUGCUGGGAUCGGCGAACCAGGACUUCCAGGUCCUCCAGGACAGCCAGGAACACAAGGAAACCCUGGACCACGUGGAGAGGGAUUCCCAGGGCCGAAGGGCGAUCGAGGAUAUGACGGUUCAAGGGGAAAUCGUGGACUUCCUGGUGUUGGGGUCAAAGGUGACAAGGGCAGUCUUGGACCUCCCGGGGUUCCAGGUCCAGUUGGUUCUCCUGGUUUAGGAUUUCAAGGAGAAAAGGGGGAUCUGGGUCCAGUCGGGCCUACAGGUCCCAGAGGAGCUCCAGGUACUGGAAUAACUGGACCAAAGGGGAAUCAAGGACUCUCAGGUGACCGUGGACUGCCAGGUGAGAGAGGUGUUGGACAACCAGGACCCAAAGGUGACCCCGGGUCCGAGGGGUUAAUAGGAAUACCAGGUCAACCAGGAGAGGACGGAGCCUCGGGACAAAAGGGUGACCUUGGACUACCUGGACCCAGGGGACCCGACGGUGCUCCCGGUAAAGGUGUACCUGGAGCAAAGGGUGACAGAGGGGAUCGGGGGUCAAGAGGCUCUUCAGGUGCAGUCGGUCCCGUUGGGCCAAUGGGGCCAAAGGGGGAACCAGGGAUAAUCGGGCCUCCAGGAGUAACUGGGCAGCCAGGGAGGGGUAUAGCUGGUGCCAAAGGAGAACCAGGUCCAAAGGGUGCACCUGGAGCCAUGGGAGAGCAAGGGAUUGGUCUAUCUGGACCCAAGGGAGACAGAGGGUCAUCAGGGCCUGCCGGACCACCUGGACUGAAAGGUGAAGGUUUCUCCGGUCCACCAGGAGUUCCUGGACCUCCUGGCCUGCAGGGGGAAACUGGAGCUGAUGGCAUGGGUUUACCUGGACCAAAGGGAGACCGAGGCCUACCUGGACCAGCUGGACCUGCCGGGCCACCAGGGAUCGGUUUGAUCGGUACAAAGGGUUCAGUCGGCAAAAUUGGCCUACCUGGUCCACAGGGGUCACCUGGAGAGGGCAUCCAGGGACAAAAGGGGGAGCCUGGGUUUCAGGGGAUCUCUGGCCCCAGAGGUCCUCCUGGACAAGGUCUGCAGGGGGACAAGGGGGAACGAGGGUUCAGGGGUGAAAAAGGCCUCAAAGGAGGACGAGGGGAAGCUGGAGAGGCCGGAGCCCUCGGACCUGUGGGUAGAGUGGGUCAAAAGGGAGAGGCUGGACUUACAAGGGAAGAGAUCAUCAAAAUAGUGAGAUCCAUUUGUAGUUGUGGAGUGACCUGCCGUCAAACCCCCUUGGAGCUGGUUUUCGUGAUAGACAGCUCAGAGAGCGUCGGCCCGGACAACUUCAACGUGAUCAAAGACUUUGUAAACUCUCUGAUCGACCGCGCCUCAGUGAGCCGGGCCACCACGCGGGUGGGUGUGGUCCUCUACAGCCACAUCAACAUGGUGGUGGUCAGCCUCAGACAGGAGGCAACCCCAGAUGAGGUUAAAUCUGCGGUGCGUUCAAUGACAUACCUGGGCGAGGGUACGUUCACAGGCAGCGCCAUCCAACAGGCCAACCAGGUGUUUAAGGCGGCGCGGCCAGGUGUGAGGAAGGUGGCCAUCAUCAUCACAGACGGGCAGGCAGAUAAAAGAGACGCGGUCAGUCUGGAGAGCGCCGUGUCGGAGGCUCAGAUGAGUAACGUGGAGAGGUUUGUGAUCGGGGUUGUGAACCAGAGCGAUCCUCUGUAUGAAGAGUUCAAGAAGGAGCUGAAUCUGAUGGCGUCUGACCCUGACAGCGAGCACGUGUACCUGAUAGAGGAAUUCAAAACACUCCCAGCUCUGGAAAAGAAACUCCUGAGUCGUAUCUGUGAGGAUGGAGAAAGACGUUUGUUCAGUUCCAUCCCGAGCUCCAGACUGCCUCCAGGAAUCCCAGAGGACUCAAGUAACGUUCGAGAACCCCCAUACAGGACGGACACCGACACACCCACCUUCACAGGAGACUUCAGGAGACUUCAAACAGGGCCCGGCCCUCCAGCACCACAACCCAAAAGAGAACCCAUUGCUCCACAGAGACCGGACACUGUGGAUAGAUCCUCCUCAGUGACUCAGAGGUUGCCUUUCUUCGACUGGGAGCCCUUCAGACCUGUGACAGAGUUCGGACCACAGUUUAACAUGAAGGAUCCCAACCGCCAGAAGGUGAUGACGGGAGCCGUCGGGCCUGCAGGUCCAACACUGAAAACCAUGCCUGAGGAGAGGACGCCAGCACCCUCGCCUUCGACUCCUCCACAGCAGGAGACGUCUGAAACACAAAAAUCAGAGCGCUGCGGCCACGUCCUGGAUCCAGGUCCUUGCCGGGACUACGUGGUGAAGUGGUACUACGACGCCGUGGCUAACUCCUGUGCGCAGUUCUGGUUCGGAGGCUGCCUUGGAAACAGCAACCAGUUUGAGUCUGAGAAGAGCUGCAGAGAAACCUGUGUCAAAGCAUAACACCUCAAAACCUGUGGUUACAAACAGAACAUCCAUCAUAAGGAAGUAUUUCUCUGUGACUUCCACUCGAUGUUUUAGUUUCAUAAGUGUAGCAAAGGAUAGGAAGGUGAACAGAAAGAUGUGAUACAGGAGGCAUCAUUGAAUCAAACUAUAAAAGCAGUUUUCCUGUAGCUAAGUAUUAUCAAUUUUGUGUUUGCUGGCCAGGAGGACUUCUGUAUUCAAUGUGUCGAACAAGCAAAGCUAAUACAGAGGAAUAAAUGUGAUGUUACUUACACACUGUUGAACAGCUUUGUUAAAGAAAACUUCAUAACAUUAACUUUGAUUUAGGAGAAGUAACUGUUUGUUUUUUUGUAAGAUGCUAUAAUGUAUUUUUGUACAUUAUGUCUCAAGUUUUAUAUGUGUAUGCUUUUUAAUACUGUGAAUUUUCAUUUAUUAAAAAUAAAAAGAUUGAAUAAGA